AUGGACACAAUAAUCCCAAAGGCUUUGAAAAAGGGAGACACAAUUGCCUUUGUCUCGCCCUCCGCACGGCUAAAUGACUUGUUGCCCACUCCUCUCGCGCGAGGGAAAGCUUGGCUAGAAUCUCUGGGCUUCCGCGUGCAGAUCUUCUUCACUAGCGUAGCCACAACUACUAUUGCAGAAUCUAUUCGCGUUCGAUGCGAGGAGCUCCAUGCUGCCUUCCGCGAUAAUACGAUCGGCGCCAUUAUUUGCACGAUAGGCGGCUCGCAUGCUAAUGAGAUGCUACCGUUUCUCGAUUAUUCCCUUAUUCGCUCGAAUCCCAAGAUCUUCGUCGGCUACAGCGACACCACCUUCCUCCAUUAUGCGAUUCAGUCUCGAACCGGCUUGCGCACGUUCUACGGACCGAGCGUUCUCACGGACCUCUCUGAUUUCCCGACCCCUAUGCAAUUCACAAUCGACCACUUUCUACAUGUGCUGAGUGAGGCAGGCAAUCCGGUGGGACCCCUUCCUCGAUCGCCUAUCUGCUCAGUGGAACACAGCGACUUCUUUUUCGGCAAUGAGGCGUCCGACAAACCGCGUGAAGUUGGUGAAUCACCGUCAUGGCGGUGGGUCCGGAAUGGUCGAGCCACUGGACAUCUAUACGGGGGCACUAUAAUCUGUGUGGUGCGACUUCAGGCAACGAAUUACGCUCCUGCCUCUUGGAAAGGCAAGAUUCUAUUUCUCGAGUCCGCGAUGGGCGAUGAUAUGCAGCUUCCGUACUCGGUGAGCGAGUUCCGCAAUAACCUUGUUGAUCUAGCUCUGUCUGGCGUGCUGUAUGAGAUUAGUGGGCUGGUUGUCGGGCGAGGAUACAAAUAUGAUGACAGUAUGCAGGAAGAGCUUGCUAGUGUGAUUGAGGAGGUGUUUGAUGUUACUGUCGGUCGAAGUCGCGAGGAUGAAUUGCCGAUUUUGAUGAACGUCGACUUUGGUCACACAAGUCCACUUCUGACAUUACCCAUCGGCGCGCUCGUCAGUCUAGAUUCCGAUAGUGAUGAGUUUAAAAUCAUGGAACCUGGAGUGCAGACUUGA